GAAGACUGCCACACUGAUUGGGUUUCCACUGUUAGAUUCUCGCCCUCUACGCGUGACCCAGUGAUUGUUUCUGCUGGUUGGGACAAGAUCGUUAAAGUGUGGAACCUCGGCAACUGCCGCCUGAAGACCAACCACAUUGGUCACACCGGCUACGUCAGCACCGUGACUGUUUCCCCAGAUGGUUCACUUUGCGCUUCCGGUGGCAAGGACGGGCAAGCUAUGCUGUGGGAUUUGAACGAAGGCAAACACCUUUACACUCUAAAUGGAAACGAUGUUAUUCAUGCCAUGGCCUUCUCACCGAACCGAUACUGGUUGUGCGCUGCUGUUGGCCCUGUCAUCAAGAUCUGGGAUUUGGAGGAUAAACGCGAGAUCGAGGAACUCAAGCCCGAAAUCACAGGAAAGAGCUCCACCGCCCCUCAAUGCGUCUCGUUGGCUUGGUCGCAAGACGGACAGACCCUCUAUGCUGGAUACACAGACAAUGUCAUACGUGUCUGGCAGGUGUCAGUGCGUACGAAUUAA